AUGACAUCUUUUAUUGAGGCUCAAAGACUUUCAUUGGAAAAUAUACAUGCCAUAGAGGACGCAAUAACUAAACGAGUACUAAGAAAUCCGGAAUUAAUACCCGAAGAUUUACAAUCAAAACAUGGUGGUAACAUACUUCCGCAAAAGCUGAAUUCAUCAUACACCGAAAAUUUAAAACUUCUACAACAACAUGAACUUAACUUUUUUUUAGAAGAACAUUUGAGACUACUUAAAUCCAUUUUUCACUGUUUCGAGGAUGAAAAAUAUAUGUAUGAGCAAGAAGUUCAGCUAUUAAAAGAUGAUACAAAUUUUUCAAAGUUUGAUAAAAUGGCUGAAAAUAUUCUAGAUGGGGAAAAUCAAGAUGAAGUAGCAGCAAAUAUGAAAAAUCUUUACUCAUCCUUCAAUACUAAUAAUCCAAGUAAUAUUCGAUUCAAAAUUAAUAAGAAAACAAAUAAAGAAAAGAGGCUAGUGAAAAGAAAAUUUAUAUUGAGUUCAGCAGCAAGUCAUUUGAAUGAAACCAAUUUCGAUGAAGUGUUAGAAUUGAAACCUUUUUUUGAUAUUUAUAAUGCAAAUUUCACGUCAAAAAAGAAAUCUUAUAUGGAGUUUCUCUAUAAUUUUCAGAAUUUUCCUUACGAGAUUACAAAUCAUUUGUAUGAUGACUACUUAAAAGAUCUUUAUAAUUAUUUAUGGUCAAGAUACAAUCUAUUGAAUCCUUUAAAGAACUCGGAUAAAAUAAGUAAAGAAGUAAAUGCCAUGUCCUCAAAAGAUUCUGCAAUCGGUCUAACGAAUACUAAUCAAGUGUCAAAUUUAUAUUGUAAAGCGUGUUUUAAGUUGUUCACAAAUCAAAGUGUUUAUGAUGGUCACUUAAAUGGAAAAAAACAUAAGAAAAAUGCGGCAAAAGUUGGUGAUGAUACAUCAAAUGGGAAUUCAAAUUUAUGGUAUGAAAAUGCGAUUAGAGUUUUAGCUAAGAAUCUAGAGCAAGAAAUAAAUCAUACAGAGAAAAUGACAGUUUUAUCGGAAAGAGAAAAAUUCAUUGAAGAUCAAAAUAAAAACGAUAUGGAAAAUGAAUUUACUUCGGCCGAGUUAAGUUCAAGUGAUGAAGACAAUUCAGAGGAAAAUGAUUCAGAUUCAGAUUCAGAACUUUUUAAAAAUUUACCAUUAGGGCCAGAUGGAUCACCAAUACCAUACUGGUUAUAUAAAUUGCAAGGUUUACAUAGAAAGUAUACCUGUGAAAUAUGCGGAAAUGUUUCUUAUCAAGGUAAACAAACAUUUGAAAAACAUUUUAAUGGUCAAAAACAUAUUCAUGGAUUGAAAUGUUUAGCGGUUGAAGAGGAGGAUUUUCCAUACUUUAAAAACAUAACAAGUAUUGAUGAAGCUCAAAAAUUAAUUCAAGUAUUGAGGAAACAAAAUAAAUUUGAGCAAAAUGAAGUUCAAGAUGCAAUUGAAGUUGAAGAUAAACAAGGUAAUGUAAUGAGUUAUGUAGAUUAUGUAGAUUUAAAACGUCAAGGUCUAAUAUAA